AUGGUCUACGGCGGGAAGCCCUCCCGAGGCUGCCGGACUUGCCGUGCACGCCGCAUCAAGUGCGACGAGGGAAAGCCGACGUGCAAACGAUGUGAGAAGUCGAAGAGGGAAUGCGGCGGGUACCGGCCCGAGUUCGAGAUUGUCCACCGUGAUCAGACCGGCUCGACUCUGCGCCGCUUGCGCAAGACAGCCUCCGUCCACCAGCAGCAGUCAACGGACUCCCUCCAAUUAGUUUUCGUCCGCGAGGAGCCACAGCCAUGGCGCCGACAGAGCUUGAGCCCAACGCCCGGGUCGGCACUGGCCGUCCCCCUCGCUCACCGAGCAUCAUGCUACUUUGCCUCCAACUUCAUCCUGCUGUCGGUGGGCGUGGCGCCGCACGGGUUCAUGGAAUAUUUGCUCCCGUUAAUGGACACAGAACCUUCGGGCAGCGCGCUCCGCCAUGCCUUCAACGCCUGCGCCUUUGCGCUGCUGGGCAACCGCGCUAAGGCUGACGGCGUCAAUCUUCCGCAGCUCUCGUUGAAAGAGCAUACGCUGGCUCUGGCCCAGACGCACAAGGCCCUGGAUCAUUCCGCCAUGGCCACCGCUGAUUCUACGCUGGCGGCGGUUCUGUUGCUGUGUUUGUACGAGAGCAUAACCGCUAUAAGGGAGAGCAGAAUGCUGGCAUGGCGCUCACAUAUUGACGGGGCCAUCAACAUUGUCAAAGCACGAGGUCGCGACGAGAUGUGUAAGACGAGGAUGGGGAGUCUCCUUUUCUCAGCCGUGCGACAUCAUCUGGCAAUGAGUCAUUUGGGCGGGCCCAUUCUGACAACAUUGCAGAUCUCUCGUGUGCUCUCGUCUGGUCUGCCACUGCCCUUCGGGGUCGACUGGUGGAUGUCUGCGGGUGAUACCUCGUCCGUCUUUGCAACCUGUCAGCGCUUCGCUCUAGAGUUUAGCGAACUCCGAGUGGAAGCGAACCAUCUUCUGGCCAAUGGUUUACGGUCAUCAGAACUGUGCUUUCAGGCAAAACAGCUAGCACGGCGUGUGGAAAUCCUGGGUGAUGGCAUUGCUAGCUGGCUCGCCUCAAUCCCGGCGGACUUCCGCUUCCAACCGAUCUGUUGGGUAUCGGAACACGACAUUGAUGUUUCGAGACGGGAUGGUGGCUAUGGCGAGAUGGAUGUUUUCCCCGGCCGUGUCGACAUCUACCCUGAUUUCAUCACCGCCAUGGCCUGGAACAUCGGGCGUGUCACUCGCCUCCUCCUUGCCUCGCUCAACAUCCGGAUAGCUGCCUGGCUUUGCGCCCCAGCGGACUACCGCAUGACGGUCGAGUAUGAGACCUCCAAGCGCGUUUGCCAGGACGUCAUCCCUGACAUCCUGGCUUCCGUGCCGUACCAUCUUGGUUGGCGCAUGAACGGCAAGACGCUUGGCACGCCAGGCCUGUCGGCAUUCGCCUGUGGCGAGGAGGGCUCCUACAAAGCUCUGCCAUCCCUCUUUUUGCUCUGGUCCCUCACCGUCAUCAAAAACCACGACCUCUCGACCGAAGACCAGCGGACUUGGGCGAGGGGUCGUCUCAGGUUCAUCGCUGAAGAAGUCGGGCUGAAAUACGCCCACAUCGUUAACGAGAGACUGACAACCUCUCGGGUCAACAUCCGCUUUCCGUCCAUGAUGAUUUACCAGGAUGGCAGGGCGGCCCCCGUGGACCCCUUGCAUCGGGGGGUGCCGGCAUUCGCUCAGGCGCCAGCGGCUGUUCCACUCACGCCGGAAAGGCUCGCUUCUACGCAUGUUCCACCAAGCGCGCCAAUAUCUAACCCCUGAGGUUCAUGCUCGACCUUGGCGCCGAAGUCUCCAUCCCAAGCAAGGAAGCUCUCGCCUCACUCAGAGCAGCCAGCAUAACAGUCAUUUCGACUGACUGCGUGGAGCUGAACGGAAAGCAUACCGGCUGCCCGAGCUUUUGAAGACACAUCACAGAGCACUAUGCCAAUUGAGAACCCGCCAGGCAGAGAUGGUCCGGUCCAUGGGAGUCUUUGAACGAUUGCCAGGUAUAUCUCCUGCCAUCAUAGCCAGCAUUGGUGACACAAGAUUCAUUUUUCAGAGCGACUAACAAACUUCAGGUUCGAAACACCGCCGACCCGCCUAGGCUGCGAUUGGGCAAAUCGGUUUCAUACAACAAGGGAGCAUGCAUAGCCGGCUGAACUCAUGUAACGUCAAGUUCCGGUAUGCCUACGCCUGCGACGGUGAAAGGGCGGGCUUGGAUUAACGUUCUCGGCGGUACAUAAGA